UGACCAAAAAUCAUAGACGACUCGCCAUCCUUUUCUUAAUCUUCAUUUAUCAUCAAAUACAUCGCCCUCUAAUUAAUCCUUCUUUCAGAUAAGACUUGAAUGUUUGUUUAUAUUUUGCUUUACGGAGUUGCAUAUAUUUACAGGAUAAAAGGAUUGAGUGUGUGAUCUUUAGCCUGUUGUGAUGAAAUGUCAUCUGAUGAGAUACUGAAGGCUGUUUUCCCACUACUUGAAGGCACCGACUUAGCUUCUUGUAUGGCAGUAUGUAAGCAAUGGAGAAACAUUGCUGAAGACGAUUACUUCUGGAAAUGUCUUUGUGCAAAGAAAUGGCCAUCAACGUGUAAGAAUCGGCCCCCUCCUGUAACAUAUCAUAAAUUAUUUAAGACAUUCUACAAGCGUGAAACCAAUAGAACUCUCCUUCCUCCAAGAAUCUCCCUAAAUGAUCUCGAGUUCUACAUUGACUUCUGGGCGGAUGGAAAUUUACUCUUCUCAGAAGUGGUCGCAGGCCCCGUACUCCAAAAGGGCAACUGGACUCCACCAACUGGGAUUAGCACUGUGAUGAAGUAUUAUUUAGAAGGUCCAGACUACAAGCUGACGCUGCCUGUAAAACCACAAUUUGCGGUUCCUUAUACACAGAUUGUUAGUGUUUCUGUGCUUGUGGCACGGAAAGACACCAAUAAAGUUGCUUGUUUAGUCCAUGAGGCUAUGUUUGACUAUAUUGAACGCUCAACUUGUAGAGCACUUGCAUUUGAGUACCUUGUGUUUUCCCCUGCGCACCCUUUUGUGUCUGGAAUACGUGCUUGGAUUUCUUUGUUGUUUAUGGAGCAAGGUGAUGAUGGAGAUAUUGAUGUCUUUGGCAUUGAAAUGGACUUUUCUGAUAUUGCAAACUCGGAGGAAGAGGUGCUCUGGCUGCUGGACAUGCUUGAUUGGAAGUAAGUGUGAAACUGCGUUAGUUCCAAUCCUACGUGUUCAAUAGAUGUAGGUUCUGUGCUUGAAUCAGAAUUUGUAUAUUUUUGCCCAUUGUAUUUGCAGGGAUUUGUAAAUCUUGUCUUGGAUCUUUGACAAUGGCAUUUGUUAUGUUCGUGUCUGUUCAAUACUGUUGAAUAAUAUGGAAAAUGGAUAAAAUAAUCACUGAAUUUUCAUGUUUUCUUCA